AUGUGGAAGGAGGGCUAUCGCUAUCACGACACGGAGGACACGCCGCCCAACAACGACUGGAGUGACGAACUUCACUUCUUCGGCUAUUACGGGCGGAACAACAUGGAGCAGCACUUCUGUAUGAAGGUUCAGCCGACGACAUCAAAAGACCGAUGGCCGGUUGGACGGUACUGCAUCUUCCGGGCGGCCGGCAGUCCUUGUCCGGUCGGUCUGUCGGAGGGCUGGAUCUACUGGGAUGACGAGUCAUUAGGCAACGACAAUGAGGUAGCAGGCGUAGUACCGCACGGGGUAUACGACAGCAACACGAAAAUCUGGUACUGUUGCAAGAGUGAUGGCAACACAGAUGAUCCCAUUGCUCUUCCUACAGAGAAACCGUUCUAUUUGUUCAAGCACGGGGACGCAUGCCAGCAGGUUCGCGGCAUGACUGUCUCAGAGGAAUGGUUCGAGUGGGACUGUGAGGAUGACAUAUUUCCGAAGAGCGACUACUACGGCUCGGUUCCAACGAGCGAAAUCGACAGGAAUGUGAAGAUAUACUACUGUUACUACGACCGAGAGUAG